UGGAAUUUAAUGGAAAAAUAUUAAUGGACCCCUUUCUCGUCUUAAAUGAUAUUUAUAAGUGUGAAUUAAUUACCGCAAGUGUUUAAAGAAACUGGGUCAAAUAUGACGAAAACGUAUUUAAAGAUAUUAAUAUACACGUCCCGCGGAUGGGGAUGAUGAAGAUGAAUCAAUAUCGCAGGAGAAAACCACCCCCAUAUACGCAUGUACAAAAAUAAACGAGGCAGCUGUUGGAGUACUUGUAUCAUUAUUAGUCUGUAGGAGCGAUUGAUAAAAAAAAUCUGACUGAAAUCCAACAAUAUUUACAAGAAGGGAAAUAGAGCCCCUUCAGAAUGUCUGGAAAUAAGUGUGUCAAGCCCCCCCGGAAAGCCUAUGUGAAAGAACCACACGAGAUGACUCACUCGGAGAAGUUGAAACUUAUUGAUGAUGAGCUUAAUUCUUUUUAUAGAUAUUGUCAACAGGCCGGUUUCACUGAAGAUGAAAUGGACAUUAUUUGUCAACCAUUGGUGGCGGCAAUGAGAAAAUCUUGGUUGCAAUUAUUUUUCCGGGCAACUGUACUUUUAGUUAUUAUUGGUACACUGGCUUGUUUAAUUGCGCAAAUGGAUUUUCUUGGAACGCAUUUUACCGCAGUCAGCAGACUCCUUUUAAUCAAAGUUUUACCAAUUUGGAAUUGGCAGCCGCUUUAUUACGAAAAUUGCAUGAUCAAUAAUCCAUUUUACAACGAUUAUACAGUAACUGAAGAAGAUUGCGUGACCUGCGAAGCAUUGGAGAACAUUGAUCGUUUAUCAGACGUGAGAUAUCGUAAUUUAGUUGACAAUUAUUUAAAUCGUGAUGCACCUGCAAUCAUAACAGAUGCCAUGAGUUCCUGGCAUGUCAUGAAUACGGAUUAUUUUUGGUUCGACAAUAUUACAAACCUCUACCUGGAAAAUGAACGUUUAAUGGAGACAGUGCCAUGUUCAUUGACAUCGAAUCUGAGAACAGGCUCAUCAGAUUUGGCAGCAUUUCUACGAAGAGUUCAUUCACCAGGCGUUGCAAAAUGGUUCGUUCAUUGGCAAAAUUGUGACAUAAAUGCAGUUAAAGUUCUCCGGAAGUAUUAUCAACGACCGUACUUUCUAUCGAGUACCGUCUCUCCAGCGCACUUCAAUUGGGUCCUCAUGUCAUCAGAUUACAAUAGUCCCAAUUACAAAAAAGUUGAACUUGACUCGGGAUUAAUUGCCCUCGCUCAAUUAAGAGGAGCAACACAGCUUAGGCUAACGCCAAUUAAUCCCUGUAAUAGUUCAUGUCCCGAACUCAUUGCCGAUUUACAUCAAGGCGAAAUGUUAAUUUUCACAAAUUUAAUGUGGAAUCUGGAAUACGCGCCAAUGAGAGGUUUGGAUAAUAUAGCAAUUCUCACAGAAACAGUUUGGGAAGAAGACUCAUGAAAUUUAUAAGAAAAAUAUUUAUUAAUCACUUUUAACUUCUUGAUGUAGCCCGUGAAACUUCCAUAUAUUACAAACUAAAAAUGUUUGCUCACGGUAAAAAGGUAAAAGAAAAAUUAUAUAUAUACGCAUUUUAUUAACUAUAAUUCAUUAAUAAAAUGAUUUUUUAAAUGAA